AUGACUUGGGCCGAGCACGAUGGCCGACGCACGUCCGCUUUGUGUUCCCUCGACCUGGGGUCUAUUGAUGGGACGGUCGCGGUUGACUUGCUCCUCCGAUUCACGCCCCCGAGCUACACGCUGCUGCUCUCCGAUCAACCCACCAGGGCUUCAUGCCCGGUUUUUCUCAACAUCCAUGUUUUCCGUUACUCAACCACCCUUUCUCGUCCGGAUUCGCCCGGCCUCGCCUGGCAGGGCCACUCCGGCGGGCCACCGCCGCCGCCGCCCACCCUCCCCCCUGCACAACCCACACGAUGUGUAACCCCUCCCGGCCUCCUUCUCCCCAGGGCGUCUCCGCCAGAGGUCUGUAACAGGCCUCAGGCCCGGGGUGUGCCUGCCCCCUGGUCCGCCCUGUGGGACGGGAUGAGCCUCAAACCCGACGUCAUGCAACCAUAA